UCACAGAAGUGUGAUUGACUUGGAGUUACAUUGUGUUGUUUAAGUGUUCCCUUUAUUUUUUUGAGCAGUGUAUAUGUGAGACACACAAAAAAGUUCAAAUUGUAUUGCUCCAAUAACUUUCAAAAGAUUUGUCUGAAGUUUGCCCCCCAAAAACUGUAUUUUCCUUUAAAUUAAGUCGCACAAAAAUGUGUAUUUUCCUACGAAUGAAGUCGCACAAAAAUGUGUCUAUUCCUACGAAUUAAGUCGCACAAAAACGUAUGAAAUCUGCUGAAAUACUUGUUUUGUCAGACAGACAGACAGUAGUGAGGUCAUUGUGUCACUUCUGAGAAACAGAUGCAGGUUGCCACAGAGACCAAUAGAUAGAGGAAGAGACAUCACCACAAUAUGUUAUCUGAAACAAAGAAGGGGGCCAUUGUCAGUAAGCUAGGACCCACUUUCUCCUGAAAACGCACAAGAGGGCAUGUGUUUCAUGUGCCUCAGCCACACUAAGCAAUGAGCAUGGAAGAUAACUCAUGCAAACCCUUCUGCAGGCAUACGACGCCGACAUGAAAAUGCACACACACACUGUUCUGAUACCAUCAGCCUGACAGUAACAGACCCCAAACACACCCACUCCUCAUGGUCUAACUCUCCAGCUGAGUAAAGGGGGGUAUUUUCAGAGAACCACUAUAGAGUGUGACUUCCUUUUCAACUAACAUACAGGGAUUAUUUUCUAGAACAGCAGCCCUCAUCAAAAGAAGUCUCUUCUCUCUCUUCUCUGCGUGUUUUGGUGAGUCUAGCUAGCUACUAGUCAGUCACAGAGAGAUAGGGAGGGCGUAAAGACAGAUGAAACAGACAUACAACGCCUAACAGAGAUGUCUGGUGGUCCCCUCUUCUCCUUCUCCAAACAGGGAAUACUCCUACUCUCUAUCCUCCACUAUGGGACCGUUGCUGAAGACCCUCCAGUAGACCAGUAUGGGUUGAAGGGAGGUUCGGUGUGUCGGCUGUUGCAGAACCACCUGAUCAACUCAAAGGAAUUACAUGGAAGUUCCAAAAGGAUGUAAUAGUGGAUAAAAAAGACAUCUCUCCUAAAUACAAGGAGAAGGUGGAUUAUAAUCCAGCGAACCACACUCUGUGCAUUAAGAAUCUGACAGACACAGACAGUGGAAUUUACAUUGCAAAUGCAAAUAAAAUAGGUUGGACAGAUUCAACGUCUUCAUAUAGACUUAAGGUGUUGGAAGCUGUUCCCAUUCCAGCCAUGCAGGUGACCUACUCCAACUCAAGUACAGGACUUUGUAACAUCACAGUGAAUUGUUCAGGCUGGAUGUUUUCUGUCUGUGAUGGAGGUCAGUGCCCACUGUACCAGGAAUCUCUGUCAGUCUCUGAGGUCAACAUCACCGUCUCCAGUGGUAAUGGAUUCAUCCAGUGUAUCAUCAACAAUCAUGUCAACGCAGAGGCCAAAUCACAACGCAUGGAGGACAUAUGUAUUGGUGAGAAGAAGAGGAUCGCUGCAGCAUCACUAGUUGGCAUCAUUGUGUGCAUUGUUACUGGUGGAUUAUUCUUAGUUGGUGUAGGAUGCAUCAUAUCAACCAGAAGAUCCCCUAAAGAAAUACUACCACUGAAGGCCGUUGUUCCAGAAGUUGACAACCCAGUGAGCGCUGUACCAGGAAGACCAGAACCACAGAACACCCCUGGAUCUGAGGUGACAUCUAUCUACGUUACUUCUGGGAGACCAGGAGCAGUACCAGCAGUAGCAGAAGGAGAAGAGGGCCAUCCAGGGGACAAAGAGUACACUUCAUCAGAAGAGAGGAAAGAACCACAGUCCCCCCCACAGGCAGAGACACUCUACAGCACCCUACAGAUACCAGUUGCAGCACAGCGCCACCCAGUGGGCAAAGGAAAUAAUCUAAAGAAACCAGACACGGUGUACUACACAAUAGGAGAUUACCCCUCCAUCUUCUCAGAGACCCAGUGAUGUUACUUUGAUUAAGAUUUAACCCAUAGACUCAGGUACUGAAUGCAAACACAGGGGAAAUUAUGAAGGAGAGAGAAUUAUGAUAAUGGAUUUUUUAUUUUUUGUCUGAUUUCAUCCAUAUUUAAAGUGGCAAUCUGCAAUUCCUUUGUACUUUUAAAUUCAUUGUAUAUAACUAUUGAUCCAUGCUGAAUACAUAUGCUUUUUUAACUCCAUUGUUUGUAAAAAUGGUAUUUGUAAAAAAAAUUGGUGGCAGGGUACCCGCGUUGUUAUGAUUUAAACUGCAGAUUUCCCCUUUAGUGAUAGAAUGUUUUACAUACUGUUAUUUUCUGUAAACAAAAAUGAAACCAUGCAGAUGAAUACAGUAGCGCUGUACAUGCUUUAAAAAAGUGUUUAUAUACAAAACAGCGGUUUGAAAAUGGGAAGCCCAUCCAUUCAGUCAAUCAAUCAAAUCGACCAACCAAUAAAUCAAUACAUAAACCAAUCAUUCAGUUAAUAAAAAAAAUCAAGCAAGU